UCAUGGGUGUCAUGCGACGGGACUCUGCCAUGAUUCGAUCGGUAAUAGCGCUGUUUGCCCUGUGCGGCGCUGUGCAAAGCUCGGUCGAGCAUGGCCAAGCAGUGUUCCCCGUAUUCCCUGUUGCUCAGCAAAUACCACCUCCUGUUGUGACAUCUGCCAGCUCGCAAUACUUUGAGAGAACGUUCAACCGACUUAUCGCACCGCCUGUUAUACCAGUCGCCCCUGCACCUCCAGUGUUUGUCCAGCCAACGCCAAAUGCAGUACCAAUAGCACCAUCUCCAUCGCCAGGCGAACCAGUUCAACCUAACAUAGCCAUUGCCGUAGCAACUGCCCACGCAGCCGCACCAGUAGCCACCAUACUUCUGCCCCCGUACCCGUUUGGACCACCACCGACCAUAGGCUUUAUUCCUCCAUCGCCACCGAUCAACGUCCCUGAUGAGUCCCGGAAAGAAUCAACUACACAACCGACUACGAAAGUUGAAACGAAAGCUACUACACGACAACCCGAAGCGACGACGCCUCUACCAGCGAGUUCUGACAACAGCUUCUCCCAAGCACUUCCCUCCAACCAGAACAUCAACUUCAAGCAGUUUUACGGGCCCCCACCCCAAUUGCCGCCACAAAUGAAGCCACAAAAGGUGAAGACGUCUGUGGAAAUUGUGCCUGUGCCCUUGACUUACAUAGCGCCACCACCUUUGAAACUUCAAGCGGUCAAGACUGUGAAACACUAUCACACGUAUGUGCCAUUGAAAUCCAAGCUGAUUAUCAGACCUGUGCAUUCUCAUUCGCAUCCAAUAAGGAUUGUUCGAAGGCCAGUGAGAUUAGUUCAUAGAGUGCCACUGUCGGACAGAAUAGGAAGUGCCCCUAAUGUAAGAAGACCUAUGUCAAGGGAAAUUGAACCGACCACCUUCAGUCCAUUCGUGAGGUCUGCCACCAAGCCCCCACGUGUAUGAAAAACAGUUAAUUGUAUAAUAGAUAAAAAAAUCACACUUGUUAAUAUAUCUGCA